AUGUGUAAUUAAAAAAGAAGAUUAACAUAGCCUAACUUUUAUACUUCCCAAAUCAAUUUUUAAUAUAAUUAUGAGUUAUUUAAGGCAAAUUUUAUUCCGAAGUCCAGGAACGCUUUCAAAUGUAGUCAGGCAUUUGUGUACUCAAAAUGUAGCAAAAGUGGAAGCAACCCAAGAAGAACUCGACAAAUUAUACAAAUUUGUCGAAUUAGAGUUAAGGGGCAACGACCCGGCUGUUUUAAAGAGCUUCUGUAAAUUUGCUGUUACCACAGGAAAUCACCUCGACAUUAAUACAAAAUCUUGGACGUUACGGAAGCCCAAUCACGAGAGAUAUACUGUCUUGAAGUGUAUUCAUGUUAAGAAGAAACAUAGAGUACAGUACGAGUACAGAACAUACUAUUCAUUUGUACAAUAUAAGUAUUUAACUGGAUCGACCGCUGAUACUGUGCUUGAAUAUUUAGAACGAAAUCUGCCCGAAGGAGUCGCCCUGAAGGCUACUAAGGUGGAGGUUCAAGCGAUACCCGAAUAUUUAGUUCCCCCUGAAUCGGACAAACAAUCAAACACCACUGUUGAUACUUAAUUUUUAAUUGAACAAUGUAGUAAUUAAAAUUAAUUAAUAUUAUCUAUUUACAAUGUUA